AUGAGUACCAAAGGAGAUGAUUCUAGUUCUAAGGUGGAUCGGGAGGUGAAGAAAGAACCAGCGAGUGUGAUUCCCGUCAAGAGGAAGCUUGUGAAGACUAGGGCCGCGAAAACCAUUAUCUCUGCUCUCACUUCCUCCGGUUGUAGCCGGAGCUCUGAGUCUACCGGCGACGGUAAAGGAGCGCGCGUGUACCCCACUCGUACUUGA